GUACUAACUAAAUUUAGGCCGCCCCGCCGCCACUUAACGCGUAAAACGCGCCAGCCACCGCGUUUUGUGCCUAGCCGAACCUCAGCGUACGCGACGGUUGCUCGGCCAUAGAUGGCUUCUGUUAAACGGACCCGCCAUUGCUCCUAUCACGACCUAACAGAAUGUAGCAGAUCUUGAGGUUGGAUUAAACCUCUCCACCAAGCAUCCAGCAAAUCUCAGCUUUGUUAAUUGCCUUUUUCUACCAUCACUUCGAGUUCUUGCAUUACUGGAAAGUACUCGGUCUUUGAGCUAUCCCCAUCCAUCCAUUUAUCUCCUCGAGGUCUCACUUGCGGCUACCCCAGUUUAUUCUGCACAAGUUACGUCUUUGGCCUCGAGGGCCCGGAUCUCAAGCAAUAGCAAUCCCAUAUGCAAGAUGCCGCCUCGCACCCAGGUCAAAGUUGAGCUGGACGAGAGCGACCUUUCGUCCUCAAAAAGCCUGUCACCAUCUGUUGCCCAUCAAAGUCAGAUGGCUCCUCCAGCGACGCCAUCUGCAAAUGGCACUUUCAAUCGCUCGCAUGCUCCUAGCGCCGAUACUCGUGCCUUACGUCCUCAGAACCAGUUCAGAGGCGGCGACGACGUCCAUUCUGAGACCACCCAUGAUACUCCUCAGCUUAUGGAGCUAAGGACUCGCUAUCAGAGUGUUCAAAAUGGUGCUGCGCGGCGAAGUACGCCAUCCUCACAAAAUGGGGAUCAUGUCAUGCAGCAGAGCUUCACUCACCAGUCCUUCACGGAUAUUGCCUCGAAACUGAAGGAUUGCAAUGACACAUUAGCGGAACUACAACAGCUUGGAAUCCAGCAUGUCGCUCAACUUCCAGAGCUGGUCAUGGUGGGUGACCAGUCAGCGGGCAAAUCUAGCUUGAUGUCAGGCCUUGCAGAACUUGAUCUCCCCCGCAGCGGUGGUGUUUGUACGCGUUGUCCCAUUCACAUACGACUCAGCCGCCACGACCGUUGGUCAUGCACAGUCUCAUUACAACAAGAUUACGAUUUCCGGCCACAUGGUCGGAUCAAGAAAACAGAUGUCACCCGAACCAACCCAUUUCCCCCCUGGGUACCCCAGCAUCGAGUAACCAAAGACUUCAAAACUCUUGAUUUUGAUGACCGCCAUGAAAUUGAGGAUGUCCUACGAUGGGCUCAAAUUGCGAUCCUUAAUCAUGACAGCCCAUCUCAGCUCUAUGUCCCGGGACAUGGCGCAUACACUAGAGAGCAUACCUUGCAAGAGGCUGCAGAAUGUACACGUGCGCAAUUCUCUCCCAACAUUGUGGCAUUGGAAAUGAGAGGGCCGAACUAUCCAGAUCUCAGCUUCUAUGAUCUGCCGGGAGUCUUCUCUACUCCUGCGCAAGAAGAAGACGAGUACCUUGUCAAGGUGGUUAAGAACCUCGCCAGCCACUAUAUCCGGAAGGAAUCAGCAAUUAUUCUUUGGGCUCUGCCCAUGAACAACGAUCCAGAGACUUCUAUCUCUCUGGGCCUAAUACGAGAGGCUCAGGCUCAACGAAGGACGAUCGGAGUGAUGACGAAAGCCGACAUGCUUCGUAUUGACGAUACACCGUCUUGGCUUGCGAUUCUCCGAGGUGACAAGCACUAUGUCGGUCAUGGAUACUUCAUUACUUCCCGGCCAACCUUGGAAAACAAUGAACCCCUGGAACGUCUUGCACAAUGGGAGGAGCAAUUCUUCAGCAAUAAUUAUGACGGGUGGCCGCGCGAGUUUGAACCAUUUAAAGAACGAUGUGGCGUUGACCUCUUGAAAGAGUUUUUGUCUAAGCGACUUGGCGAGGCGUUCUCACUGAGCUUACCGCACAUCGAGCAAAAGGUCAGAGAAGCUAAGCGUCAAAUCGAGUCUGAGCUUUCCGAACUUCCUGAAUUGCCGCGCAACGUCGAGUUCGAGGUCAAGCAGAGCUUGGAAAAGUUCAAGAAGGAGGUCAAGGAUGCCAUGGUGCUACAUGGGUUCCAGGCCCAAUGGAAUCUGCUCAACAAACAAUUCCAAGCAUGCAUCUUAGCGAUCAAGCCUACGUGUACGGUUAGGACCCAAGAACGACCACCUUACAGAGUCGACCCCACCGGAGCUGUGGAAAUUCUUUCGGAUUCUGAAUCUGUCGCGGCUGAUACCCCAUCAAGAAAACGUCCCCGCGCAAGUGACUCGACUAUUCGUGGCACGCCCAAGCGACCGCGUGCAGAACCUGCUGCCACUACGCCAGUUACUGUCAAACAGGAAAUCAUGCUUCCGAGACCGACACCAAGCAGUUUGCGGGCAACCCCAAUGCCUGACCCUCAGUCACCCUUCUCAAACUUUCACCAACUCGGCCGUCGAGGCCUCGACAUUCAGAACAUCCAGUCAGUCCUUGCAAACCGUAGGCGUGCUGGUAUGCCUGCAGACAUCAUUGGUCCAGGUGUCUACGACAUUUUAAUCAAUAAAGCCAUUGAGAAAUGGCUGCAGCCUCUCGAGCUAUACACUCAGCUGACAAUGAGUCUAUUUAAAUCCAUGCUCAGUAGAGCUCUCACCACGAGCAUGUCGAAGCUGUCGAAACGCCUUAUAUUUAACGAGUCGCAACAGUAUCUUGAAGAGUACAUCACUAGGAUGGAGGGACUCCAGACCGCUGCCAUCUUUGAUCUUUUUCAGGCCGAGACAUAUGAAAUGUACACCACUAAUGAGGAUGCAUUCAAACGUUAUCGUGCUGAAGAGCUAGAGAUCCUCACUCGUGCAAGGUCCAUAGAACGGCUGCGCGCUAUUGGCGUUAUCGGCCUCGAAUAUAGGACCCGGCCCUUGGAUCAGAUGACCGGCGAACAGAUUGCCCAGGAACGGGAGAUGAUCGCUAAGAACCUCCCGAAGCUCGGCGCGGACGAGUUCAGGAACGAAAUUGAAGUUGCUUCCGUUGUCCGAGGGUAUUACAUCCUGGCAGCUAUGCGACUCGUGGAAAGUGUCACCCUGAGUGUCAAAUCGAAGCUCUUCCGUGACGUUGCGUCGGACAACAUGCACACUUUCCUGGAGAGGAAGCUGGGUCUUGAUCAAGCUAAUGAUGACACUUUCAACCGUUUGAUGGAGGAAGACAGAGAUACUGCCAGCAAGCGCGAGCAGCUGAAGAGAGAACAGAGAAAGCUAGAGCUUGCCAUUGAAAAGAUUGGCAACCUUGAGCUAGGCGAGAACAGCAAUUUCAGUACCUCUACGGCAAUUGGCCACGAAUUUGAUGACGGUAUCGAUGAGGUGUAAUCAGGUGGGGUGUUGGUUUAUUGUCUGAUCUAUGUUCUUUUGUAACCGGAAAAGUGUAGGAACCUCCGUUGUUUUCUCUAUUAAGUAGGGUUUAAACAAUGCAUGGAUAUGGUUGACGUGUAGUGCUUCGGACUGGUUUUGCUGGAGUGGAAGCGAUUGUCAUGCGUUGCUUUUUUCAGAGGCACAUAUGUAUAUGUCUUAGGAUACCCCGAGCAAAGAAUUGUAUGGUUUUUUUGAUGA